GAUAUAAGAUAAAAAUGUGUCUCUCUUCAAUGAUUUUCAACUUCUUCAAGACAAAAUGGGUUCCUCCCCCUCUAUGCCAGCAGGCCGUGACCUGAGAAUUGUGCUGAUUGGAAAAUCUGGAGAGGGUAAAAGUGCUGCUGGAAACACCAUUCUGGGUCAAAACAUAUUUACAUCUGUUUGUUUGCCUUCUUCGGUGACUGAGUGUUGUUCUAAAGAAAGACUUCAUGAUAAUUCAAGAAGGUGGAUAAAUGUGGUGGACACACCAGGAGUAUUAGAGACCACAAAAUGCACACCAAAGUAUAUCCAUGAAGAGAUACUGAAGUGUCUUGAACUCUCAUCCCCUGGUCCUCAUAUCUUCCUGCUGGUGGUGAAGUUGGGGCCAUGGCAUCCAGAGGAUCAGACAUCUGUGGAGACUGUGGAGAGGCUGUUUGGACCACAGGUCUUCAAGCACGUGAUUGUACUCUUUACUCAUGGUGAUAAACUUCAGGGUCAAACAAUACAAGACUUUGUUGAUGCUGGUGAUGAAGAGCUUAAAAAAAUGAUUUGUCGUUGUUCUGGCAGAUACCAUGUUUUUGACAAUACGAGAAAGAAUAGAAGUCAAGUUGUUGAGCUGGUCAACAUGAUUGAUAAAUUGCUGUCAGCACAAAAGUACUAUGACUAUCACCAUGAAGAGUAAGGAUUACGUUUACACCUAAAUUAAAUGUAAAUGUUUUUCCCAAUUAAUAAACAGAUUGUAUAUUGAAUAUAUAUUGAAUUAUGCUAAUAUGACAAUAUGUACGUUGUAUUUAUUUUCAGUUAUACUAUAUAUUGUUGAUAGGUUAAUCCCAAAUGUCUCUGCAAUGGCAUCUUUAACCACCAAAUGUUUGUCAACAAUAAAGUAAUAAAUGAUCAACAACCAUUGUUCUUUAAGCAUCAGAUGGCAUGCUAUAUAUACUUAAUUAUUACGUAUUGUGAAUAUAAUGUGAACGUUAUAUAUUAACAUUUGUUGUUCUUUGCUCUUUGUACUAUUUGAUUGUUUGUAUUUUAGACUAUUUGAUUGUUUACAUUUAGUGUAUUUUCUUUUUCACAAUUAUUAUUUUUCGUUAUAAUAAUUUUUUAUUUGCUUCUAUAAUUUUUUUGCCCAUCUGGGGACAAUUUAAUAUGAAAUGUUUGAUACUAAAUGUUUUUUUUUUUAUCUAGCUGGGAAAAUCUGGCACAUUGAUAGAAAUGUUGAUUGAUGUGCA